AGAACAUCAUUGUAGGAUGCUAAUAGUGGGAUGGUUCCUGUGGACUCAAUUCAUUCCUAACAUCCCCCUCGUACAUUCUAUAACACCAGAUAGACUAGAACCAGAAGCCGGGGACAGUGGGACCCCUAGUGAUGACCCUGUACCUGCAUCCAGUUACCAGCCCCUCGUCUCCCUGUGCCCUAGCAACAACUGUCAGAAUGGAGGACAGUGUAUGAUGGUCGGAUCAUCCUUCACUUGUAUCUGCAAACUUUCUCAUACUGGUGAACACUGCGAAGAAGAGUUGAAGUUUGAACAUUCCUCUCUCUCCUCAACCUGUCACCUCUAUAUGGAACAGGCAUGUGUUACAAAACCUUUCGGCAACGUUCUCAUAGUGUACUCAGUGUUAAGUACCCUCCUACUCCUAGUUACCUCUUCUCUUCUCUACCUCUCCUGCAGAAACCCUUACUGGCUCGACGAGCUACAGAGUUCACUUGGUGUAAAGUUAACGAGUCCGUGUAAUGUUGACGACAGCAAACAACUGGGCUACAGUGACGACGAAGAUUUCUACUACCCUUCAGACGACGACUGUGUCGAUCUGACUCCAGCUGACUACAAUUAUUGUUAUAAUUACUGAUUUAAUUUUUUUUCUUAAUGUCAUCAUUUCUACUGUCAGCGUUUCUGCUGUCGUUUUAUAUAGUGCUAGAUUCAGUCUUACAGUCAUCAUAAUUUCACUGUCGUCAUUUUCACUGUCAUCAUUCCAAGUGUCGUCCUGGCUACUGUCACUAUUUUCUAUCAUUACACAACCUUACAAAAUAAACUUUUAUGGUUACAGCCAGCCAAUACACUGAGAUCUCAUAAAUAUUAAAUAUGCAUAUUAUGUCGCAAUAAAUUGAAUGGGCCAAUAAUAUGUUAGGUUAUUGUCAACUAACCACAGCAUUUAUGCUAAUAUACAAAUUAUGUGUAAUAUUAACAACCACGCACAAACUUGCGAGAUGAUAGAAUAUAAUAUAAUACGUUAUGCUCGUGAAAUCCGGCUAGUAUAAAUGCACGAUUAUCAAAUUUCUAUUUGUAUAACCGUAAUAAUACAUGUGAGGGCCGUAGAUUAUUGUUAAUAAUAACAGCAGGUAUAUUGAGCAUUUAUUUCAAACUUUUCUCCCUCAAGUACAUUAUAUGAAUAUAUAUACUGCUAUAUAUUUAUAUAUAAUAUAAUAUUGCAGUACAAACACCUGUUUGACUAACCAACCACGCUACAUUACUGAAUAAUUAUAUUCACAGUAAAGACAAGCUCCCCUAACAUUUAAUUCACAUUAUAUAUCAGGACCACCAUUCUCUCUAGUCUCACUUUUGCAUCUAUAAUUAUAUAAUAUUAUAUAUUUUGAAGUAAACAUUGGCCAGUAAGCAAAGCUGGUCCCCAAUAUUUUCUCUGAUGUCUGCUGAUCGGUGUAGAGAAUGUUACGUUGUGAAUGUUGAGAAUGUUACAAAUUACAAUAACAUGGCCCUUAUAUCAUUGAUAUAUACUUUUGAUAUAAUAUCAAAGCUUCCAAGUCAUGUAUCUUUGUUAGCUUUAAAUGGUUGUUCUGCACAAAAACAAGAAACUUUGUCAUUGUGCAAUUUACAGUGAGGUCCAUACAAAAGUGUCAGUGCUUACUUUUCAACUUUUCACAGUACAUUGUGCAGUGUGUGAGAGACGAGAUGCUGUAUGUAAUAUUAUAUAAUUACAGAUCUAUCCUACUAGGAACAUUCUCAAUCUACACGUCUAGAUCUCGCCCAAACAUGUCGACUCUAGCCCAAGAACCAGAUUUUUAACUGUCCACAGUGCGCUGUAUAUUAUCAGAUUUUUGUAACUUUAAAAGUACUCUAUUUCUAAUAAGGUAGGGAUAUAAUUUCGGCUCUAAAUUUUGUCGUUCAGUAUUCAUGACAUGCACAACGAUUGUAAAUGUGGGGGAUGUGUUGUUCGGUCCACGUCAUGCAGUCUUGUGAUCCUUGAGCCUUCAGGCAUUCCGGUGAUCCACCUUGAUGCAUUCCAAUGAUCACCCGACAGGGAUACCGCAUCAUUCAGAUAAUUAGCUUCAUGAUAAGGGCGCAGAUGUAAGUUAAUCUUGGUAAGGGGUACUAACUAAAAGUUUUGUUAAAAUUGUGUUCCGUUAUUGAUUGCUAACCCAAGACGUAGGCGCACCAUUGAAAGUUACCAUCAUUUUAUCUGCCUGAUUAGGAUUUUUGGGGAAAAUUAGCAUCAGGAAUGAAUUCCUCGCGUAUAUUCGAUCUCCUCUCUAAGUUAUUGGCCUUACUCCUUAAUUUAUGCACAGUGCACACCCACUUUUCUUGAGAUGCAUCAGACCUAAAUGUCAAUUUCGUCUCAUUAAUUACAUUCCAUUUAGCAUCGCAUCCCAUCCUAAUGCAGAAUCAAGUGUAUUUCAUAGAAACACCUCGUUUGAGCCGUUAUGAAACCAAUAAAACGUGUUGCAUUCAACCUCCUCCCUCCCUUCCUCCCUCCCUCCCUCCCUCCCUCCUCCCUGUUUUACGGGGUAGAAUUAGAGGACGAAUUUGCACCUCCGCUGACAAGGGAUGACUUAAAUAAUAAUGAGUUAGACGCUGUGUCAUGUUAUUCACCGUUACAGCCUGUUUCAGCUCUAGAAUACCUUCUUCAACGGAAGCUUGAAGCUGUGAAAACAACUUAACUUAUUAAUGUGACAUGAAUCUGCUCAGCUUAACCUACAGACAAAUUGAAGAGUGCGAUCUCUCCUUUAUAGCUUUAUAAGGAGAUUUUUCAAACAUCUUAAAUUUCCCUCCUAGCAGUAUUUGAUAACGUCUAACUAUCAAUAAAGUUGCUUAAUAAAUCGGUCGAAUAUUAUUAUAUAUAUGGUGAGUGCUCGGAGAGAACACAAUAUCACAGUUUCUUGCGAGAGCUCAGGUCUUUAUAUCCUUUUGGGAUAAUCAUACAUUAUUAGAGAGAGGGUUUAGAGUUACUCGUAUCAUUAUACAAAGUUACUAUAAUAAAAGUUAGAAUUUCGGAACCACCGUAUUAAUAUUAUGCGAGAUUAUUGUGUUUAGAUCCAAGAAUGUUCUACUGGCGAGAGUUCCUUAGAAAUAUUUGAAGUCAAAAUUUAGCAGUUUCUACGUUAUAUAAAACAUGUUGAAUAUUUGAUGGUGCUCACCUUAAUUCCUUUGAACAGAAUAUAUAGCAUUUAAAUGACAGAGCGGAGGCAUCAUGCACAAGCUGUCACAUGGCCCACCUGUUAAAUUUUAUCGGAUGAUCCCAAGAGCGAAUAAAAUAGUGAGGUGUGAUAAAGUUGUGGUAACAAUGAAUAAAUUGAAUAUUAUUAUUAAAGUUAUAACUGAAUAUAUAAAUAUAUUCAAGUAGCUUACUCCUCUCUCUCUCUCUCUCUCUCUCUCGACCCUAAAGCUGUGCAUGUCAAAUUCCCUCUCAGUCAGUGCCUCCACUAUGUUUUAUCUCACAUCAUGUGAUGUGAAGUGAAGGUGAACAUAGCCACGUUCUCAUGCUAAGGCUGUAGAUCAUCAAGUACGCGUAAGUUAGUGUCGCAUAUAUUGGUGGUGUUAUAUAAUAUAUACGAAUAAUAAUAAUAAUAAUGGUGACGAUGAUGAGGGGGGUUUAAAGUUCAUCACGAUAUUGAAUAAAUUGUGUUACAGUAGAAAUUUGAAUGUUUUGUGGAAACAAAUACGUGUGCGUGCACAUUUUGCAUGUCAUUUGUGGUAUAUAAGAGACAUAAUUUGAUAUUUUUUGUUUCUGACUAACAAUGGCUGGAGAGAAAUUUUAAAGAUAUUUUGAGAAGUUCUUUUUGGUGUAUAUUUGUCGUGGAGUGUGUUAAUUUAUUUCAAUGGACCGGACCAGAAUUUAUUACAUGGUGGUCAACAUUUUGUACGCAAAUGGUAUGUUGAUUGGAAUGUACUUGGAAUACUGCCAAGUUUUAUUUUAUCAUGGUUUGAAUUUAUUUGUAUUGUAUUUUAAAACGUUUUUCUACGUUAAAAGUUUAAAAACUCGCAGCUUGACAUGUUUUUUAUGUAUGAGAAACAGACCGUUGUGUGAUGCUGUACCAAUUUCUUACACUUCCAGAGUUCAGACAGAAA